ACUGUCUGGACAUCAUGGUGAUGUGUCUGCAGCUAAUGGAGGGUUGAUGGGGAUUUUGGGAAAAUGGCAAACCGUCUGCCAGUUUGAUACAUUGGCAUUAAUUGUGGAGUUUUUGGUAGCUGAUGUGCCUUCCCAGGAUAUUCUUUUGGGUUUUGACUUUUUGAGUAAAUAUGGUGCCGUUGUGGAUUUUGGGAAAAAGGAGUGUCGAAUAAUGGGUAAAAUGUUUCCCCUGAUUGUUUCGGCAGAUAUGGAUAAGCCCCAGACUGUCUUCGUCUUGGAAGACACUUUAAUCCCCCCACGUAGUGAGGCAAUCAUUGCCGGAAAGGUGGAGAAUUCCUUGGUGGCCGGUUGUGAGGAGGUAAUCAACCAAGAGGGUGCAGAGAGGCCACGGGUAACUGGCAUUCCACCUAAAGAGACCGGGCUGCAGACUUCAAUUGCUGCAGAGGGUCGAGAGAGGGAGGUGGUAGUGCCAGGGGCCAGAUCCGAAGUACCCCCAGUCACAAGCGAGGUAUCAGGAAGCGGUGAUGCCUUAAUGGGAUCACAAUGGCAAAGAGGCCGGUCAGCUCGGGACACACAGAACCAAGGUGGUCAAGAAUCUUCAUAUACUGGGGAGAUGCAAACAUCCAUGACUAGCCAUUCUGCAAUGACCGGGGAGGCCAAGCAAGGUCCCGGUGCCUAUAACGUGUUUGAUUAUGGCCUGGCUCAGGAGAGUUUGAAGAAAGCCUGUCUGAGGAGCAGAAGGAAGGGCGCCUUUGGCUCUGUUGCACCACGCCGCCCUUUUCUCCCCAGCAAAGAGGAAAUGAGCACCCCGGGGCCGGCUCAGUACAAGGUGGAGAAGACAAAUGAAGCAUUAUAUAAGAAACAGAGUACAGCUGCUUUUAAAUCUGCCACUGAAAGACUUGUGGGUUCACUGUUCGCCAAAGAGACUCCUCCGCCAGGCUCAUAUAACGUGAGCGAAUCUUUCGAGAAGACCCACGGUCUCCAUCACUACAGCAAGCCACGGAGUGAGAAAGCACGCAAGCGACAGAGCUGUUUCCUGUCUGCCGCCCCCAGAGACCCUGCCUUCCUACAAUACGACCCUGAUACACCAGGUCCUGCUCAUUACAGUCCAGAUGUUAAGUCUGACCCUCAACUUGCGCUGAUGGUCUCAAAAGAAGACCGCUUUAAAAGCCCUAAAGACAUGACACCUGGACCCACAGCAUAUGAGUUGAGUCCAGUCAUCAUGGACACCGUUCUGAAAGGCACCUUCAAUGUGACGCUCCAUGAUCCUUUGGUGUCCAGCACAAGAUCUUUAUCUUCACGCAAGUCUUUGAGAAAACCCCCUGCCCACAGCAGUGCCUAACUCAGGUCAAAGGUCACACACUUUCAAAAAGACCUUGGCUAAGCCUCUCCUAUUAAACACAUGCUUCCCAGGAGUUCCUGACACACACACACACACACACACACACACGCCUCUUUAUGGGUGAUAUAUUUCCUCAUUGCUCACAGAGAAUAAAUCAGGAUUCUUUAA